AUGUCCCCAUCACCCCAGCCGCAUAGGGGUGCUCGUGGCGCAAGGGCACGUAUUUGUAUACACUGCGGUCGGAGUUUCCGACGGACCGAACAUUUGGAGCGGCACAUUCGUACCCAUACCAAAGAGAAGCCGUUUAUUUGCUUCUGUGGGGCGGCCUUUACUAGAAGGGACCUAUUAAAGCGUCACACACGCAUCGCACAUCAAGAUGGGCUGACCUCGCCGACGCCGCCCGAGCCAACGACGAAGGCGGAUCUCCAGGCGCAUCAUCCUGUGUCCAUCUCGCUGCAAUAUGAUACACCUACUAGGCCUGUACCCGUAGAAACCCUUGCAGGAUCAUCGGUUGUGCAGCAAUGGGCUGGGGCACAGAAUGUGCCAUAUUUAGACCCGAAUCACAACACCGGCAUGCUUCCUGCAGCUACGGGGGGAGCCCCAAACACAGCGAUUGAUCGCCAUACAGGUACGGUGCAUGAUGCGGACAUGCUUCAAGCUGCUCAACUGCUUCUUCCAGGCGAUUACCGACCUAUAGGACAACCGAUGCCCUACUUGCCCGAAGAUCCAAAUCACAUCCAGGAAUUCACCCAUUUCUUGGAUUCAGUUGGCUUGCCGGGGGAAUGGGUUCCCAGCGAUGGUGAAACAUCCCAGACACAAGACAUUAACCCGGAAGACGCAAGAGAGACUGCCCGACAGACCCAAGAGCACCAUGAGCGGCCACGGCGAAGCGGAGAUGGUUCUCGUGGAGACUCACCAUUCAGAUCUUGGCUUCCAUCUGUGCCGAGAGGUGACCAAAGCCUAGGAACUUUGUCUGAUUCUGAACUUUCCCAAUACGCGAAGAGGACAUCCCGAUUUAAUGUCACAGAAGAUCAGCGGUUUCGGCUUGCGGCAUCUCUCGAAGAAUUUCGAAAUGUCAUUCCAGAUUUCGUACUGCCGUCCCGUCACACAUUGACUCGGUACCUCACGUCCUAUUUUGAAGGAUUCCACCCUCAUCUUCCCUUUAUGCAUGUCCCAACUUUUCGUAUCAAUGAACAUUUCCCUGAGGUGAUUCUUGCUAUCAUGACGAUCGGAGCCCAGUACAGAUUUGAGCACCGCAACGCAGAACGAAUGUUUCACGUUUCCAAGGCGGUUCUAUUUGAACGAAUGUCCAGAGAGCCCCUUUUCCCAGCCAAGCAAAAUUACAAUUCUGGCUCUCAAGAACCGCUGGGAAUAUCUCCUUAUUCUAACUUGGGCGAUCAAUCCCUCACGCAACCGCAGGUCAUGGCGGAACGAACUGCCAUUUGGAAGAAUACUGAAAUCACUCGCUGUCUUCUUAUUCUGAUGGGCUACUCCACGUGGGAAAGUGCCAGACUGGUACAAGAAGCGUUUCACCUUCAGGGCGUGUUGGUUCGACAUCUCCGCGAGGCUGGCUUGAAAGAAGAUGCAACCCGCUCUGAUCCACGCGUCCCGCUUGACUGGUACCAAUGGGCGGACCAAGAAUCCAGACGACGCACAAAGUUGACAGCGUUCUGCUUUAUCCAUGUUCACAGCAUCGCAUACAAUGCUUAUCCAUCUUUACGUAGUAAUGAGAUACACCUGCGUCUUCCGUGCUCUACCAUUGAAUGGACCGCUAGCACCGCUGCAGAAUGGGAAGCAGCCCAGCAAGAACGAGGUCCCCAGCAGUUGUUUUUCCAGGAUGCCUUGACUCUGCUUUUGCAAAAGUCCCGAUCAGUCAAACCACUAGACCCCAUCCCGGCUCCACUAGGUAACUACAUCCUUUUGCACGGACUCCUGCAACGAAUCCACCUUGUGAGCGAGUUAUCAUUACCGAACGGUAACCACUCAACAACCCUCCCAACAGAGGAACUGAAUAAACUAGAACGAGCUCUCCGCUCUUGGACCUCUGUGUGGCAACAAGCCCCAGAAUCCAGUCUAGAUCCGCACAACGAAAACGGUCCAAUCCCAUUUACCUCCAGUGCAUUCCUCGGACUUGCUUACGUCCGCCUAUCCCUAAAUCUCGGACCUCAUCGCCGCCUGGAGACCCGUGACCCGAUCAUUAUCGCCACCGCACUUCGCCACUCUCCGCGCCCAGAACGAAGCUACCGUCUCACCCCGGCACUGAUAUACGCCGCUCAUGCCCUCAGCGUCCCCGUCCGUCUGGGCAUAGACCAUAUUGCUCGCAGUCAAGCCUUCUUCUGGAGCGUGCGGCACUCGCUAGCUAGCCUGGAAUGUGCAGUUUUGCUAAGUAACUGGUUGUUUACCCUUGCCGAGGCGGGACCCGACCAGUCCUUGAGUGAACAUGAAACUCGCAUUCUACGCUGGACCCGCCGCAUCAUCGAAGAGGCGUAUUCGUCUAUUGAUACCGACGAAGGCGAGGCACCGCCAGAUCUGGAACCAGCGUCUUUGGGAUUGGCCGUUCUGAAACUUUGGUCUAGGUUAUUUGGAACAAAUACGCAGUGGCCGUUUAUUAAUGUCCUUGGACUGAGCUUGGAAGAGUAUAUACGUAUGAUUUGA